GCAGCUAAUUGCAUUACUCGAGAAGAUAUAUGGAAUGAUCAUAGAUAAUUUUAAGAAAGAGAUCUCUCCUCUUCUUGGGUUAUGUAUACAUGCAUGUUAUCCAUCAAGGAGAUCGAGUUUGGUGAAAGAGACAGCACAAGCAAAUGCUACUGCUCAAGAAGUUGUGGUUGCCCAGUGGCAGAGUAUUAUGAAAAAACUAAACGCUUACUUGAAUCUAAUGAAAGCAAACAACGCUCCACCCUUAUUGGUCAGCGAAGUAUUCACAAAAAUAUUCUCCUUCAUCAAUAUUAAGUUUUUCAACAGUUUUCUUCUACGCCGUGAGUUAUGCACAAGUAGCAACGGGAAGUAUGUUGGCGCAGGUCUAGCUGUAUUACAACAGUGGUGUGUAGAGGCUACUGAUGAAUAUGUUGGUUCGGCUUGGAAUGAGUUGAGGCAUGUGAGGCAGGCUGCUGAAUUCCUGCGGGUCAUUCAUCAAAAGCAGGAUAUGACCUUAGAGGAAAUAACAAGAGAAUUGUGUCCGGUGCUAAGCAUGCAGCAGCUAUUCCGAAUCAGCACAAUGUACUGGGAUGACAGAUGUGGCAUGCGUGGUGUUUCUUCAGAUCUUAUUGCAAAAUUGAGAAUUAUGAUGGCUGAUGACUCGAGCAAUGCCACAAGUGGAUCUUUAACGACGUUGGACGAGGAGGACUCGAGCAUUCCAUUCACGGUGGAGGAAAUAUCAAAGUCGAUGCAACAAGUGGAUGUAAACAACAUUAAUGAACCUCUUCAACUGAUCCGAGAAAGUCCAGGCUUCAGCUUCUUAUUCACCCGUGAAGAUUCUUCAUAAAAUGGCAUAGGUGGUGCCCGGAGUAGUUUGUAUUCAUCUCUUUCUUAAUUUCAUUCUAGUUAUUUAUGUAUAACGUUGCAAACUUGCAAUGGAGGUACUAUAGUUUGAUUUUGAACCCAAAGCAACACAAAGCUUCUUCUAAUAGACUAAAACCGUCUAGGUUAC